AUGAUUAAAGCUAAAGCAGCUACCGUAGUAUCGGCUAAAUGGUUGGCCAGAAAGAUCAGUGAAAAAUCAAGUAUUCGGAUAUUAGAUGGUUCAUAUCAUUUACCAAAUGCUAACCGAAAUGCAAAAGCUGAAUAUCAACAUGAACAUAUUCCAGGGGCAUUAUUCUUUGACAUCGAUGAAUGCUCCGAUGUUGAAAUUCCUUUACCGCACAUGUUGCCAUCAACAAAUCAUUUUGAAAAUUAUGUUGGAAGUACAUUAGGCAUUGAUAAUAACACGCAUGUAGUCAUAUAUGACACUAAUGAAGAUUUUGGUCUUUUCUCGGCACCAAGAGUUUGGUGGACUUUUCGGGUAUUUGGCCACGAUAAUGUUUCCAUCCUCGACGGCGGUAUUCCGAAAUGGCGUAGCUUAGGACUUCCUGUGACUCAGCAACUAAUCACUACACCAAGACGAGUCUUUUCUGCCACUUAUCGUCCCCACUUAGUUAAGAAUUUCGAGCAAGUUGCACAAAAUAUAAACACCCAAGAAUGUCUGGUAGUUGAUGCACGAUCUAAGGAAAGAUUUGAAGGUACUGGUCCAGAACCUCGUCCGGGUAUAAGAUCUGGGCAUUUUUCUGGUGCUCGUAAUAUUCCAUUUCAAAGUAUCAUGGACCUUUCAACAAAGACUAUCAUGGACACAAAUCAGUUGAUUAAACUGUUUCAAGAAAACAAUGUGGAUUUAAAUCAACCAUUGUUUGCUUCCUGUGGAACAGGUUUGACUGCUUGCUGCAUUAGCCUGGCUGCUUUUUUGUGUGGUAAAGAAGAUGUUGCUGUCUAUGAUGGCUCCUGGACUGAAUGGGCACAAAAAGCUAAGCCAAUUCAGAUUCUAUCUGGACCAUAG